AUGCAGCCCCUACAGAGUGCGCAAAGUGGCAGAAUGCACUGGCUGCUUCUGCUUCUUGCGCUUCUCUCCCUCACAUCAUUCACAGCAGCAUCGACACCGACAUCUUUCUGCAAAUGCACAUGUUUCUCCAACAGCACGAUUAUCCCCCUUGACCCCGCGAAAUCCGGCUCCGACCCUCUCGACAGUGUGGUGAAUCUGUACAAGCGCGCAUUUGACAGCGCACUCGACACCGACAGCAGCUUCGUACCUGGGUCCAGCUCCGGGUCCGAGCAACAAACAGACCUCCCGGGCGACCACGAUCUAUCCAAACGAGCGAACGGAUACCGACAACUCAACUGCAACGACUGCAAUCGCAAAUUCUGCCUCGAUUACGAAUUGCCCACGUGUAAGGGUGCCAAGGAGGAUGAUGUUGUUACUACAUGUUUCCAGCGCGAUUCGCGAAAGGACGAAGCGGUUGUUUUUAUCUUCAUCUUUGCGACUGGUGGGUUGCUCGCUUGGGCCCUCUGCAAGCCUUGGAUUGAGCGAUAUCUCGAGGCGGCACGGGAACGCCGAUCGUAUAUGCCUGUUAGUGAAGAUAGAUAG